GUGAUCUCUCUAGCAAGGCAGAUUACAGGUGCUGGCAACCAUGUUGUUUAAGGUGCUUUUAGUCUUUGCUUUAACAUUGGUCCUUCAUGAGUGCGGCUGUGCCGCUCAAGACAAAUUUAAGAAAAAGGGCACAUUCCAGUGCCCUAUGGAAUAUGGCCUCUUUGCGAAUCCGCAGAAUUGUCGGCGUUUCUAUACUUGUAAUGGUUAUGUUCCAUACGAUACCCCUUGUCCAACGCCACUUUAUUUCGACGACGCGAAAAAACUCUGCGUCUACAAAACCAAAGAUCUCCAAUGCGGACCAGUAGCACUUACUACUCCGGCUCCAACUACCCCUGAUCCAGAAGCAUCCCCUAGUUGUUGGCCUCCUGCAUGCGUCCUUCCAGAUUGCUUCUGCAGCGAAGAUGGUACCCAAAUUCCUGGAAAUCUACGGCCAAGCGAAAUUCCUCAAAUGGUCAUUCUAGUUUUUAGUGGAGCCUUGAAUGUACUGAAUGCCGAGCCUUUUGGAUACUUGCUCAACGAGACUAGAUUCAAUCCUAAUGGCUGUCCUAUACGUGCCAACUUCUUCGUACCUCAUGAGUAUACCAGCUACUUCUACGUACAAAAGCUUUAUGGACAAGGUCACGAAAUUGCAAUGCAGACUAUAACGAACCGAGAACCGGAAGAUUUCUGGCCUCGGGCCAAGCUUGAUGACUGGAUCGAAGAAGUAAUCGGCAUGAAGGAAAUUCUACAUACUUUCGCCAAUAUUUCCAGAGAAGAUCUAUUGGGAAUGAGGGCUCCUUUCUUGAAACCAGGUGGUAACAACAUGCUGUCAAUGAUUUACGAUUAUGGAUUAGACUACGACUCUUCUCUGGCUGCGCCAAUCUCAGAAGUCCCUAUAUGGCCUUAUACCUUAGAUUUCCACCACCCACACAAGUGUCUUUCCGAAAACUGCCCAACAAAGUCUUUCCCUGGCAUCUGGGAGUUCCCCUUGAAUACAUUCGAGACGAGCGAUGGAACAGGUGGAUCGUGCGUGUUCCUGGACCAAUGCGUGUUUCCUGAUGACGCUGAAGCAAUCUUCGAAUUUCUCCUUGACAACUUCGCCAAACAUUACUCCACGAACAGGGCACCUUUUCUGUUGAACUUCCACGUUAACUGGGUAACAGACGACUCCAAAGUAUCUGCUUUGGAUGUCUUCAUAGAUCAUCUCUUGGAAAAUUACCCUGACGUUUGGUUUGUAACCUUCCAACAAGCUUUGCAGUGGAUGCGCAAUCCUAUGUCAUCGGAGAUGGUGAAAAGCUUUGACGGUUGGAAGUGUCCCAGAGAUAGAUCUCCAGGCUGUAACAUUCCUCGUACUUGUGCUGUUAAGUUGACUCAUGAGGGUCGAAGAGACAUUAGGUAUUUACAGCUCUGUGGAAAGUGUCCAGAAAUGUAUCCUUGGCUGAACAACAUUCGAGGCACAAAGGAGGGAAAGAAAGUGAAGGAAUUGGUGCAAAAAGCAACUUAAGUGAUGUAUUUUGAACUAUGUACUUAUUGUUAAGUUUUUUAAUAAAUAGUUUAGCA